CGCACAGUCCCGUAUCCCACAGACCUAAAUGAACAGCCGAACUGAAGAUAACACCUGCACGUUGCAAGCGGCUUGUUGUCCACUCACUGCAGCUAACAAUGGAUUGUACGAUGACGGAAGGGUUUCUCUAUACACCAGUAUAAUACGCUAAAAAAAACCAUUCAAGCUUUUGAAGUUGUACCGUUUUAAAGUACCUAGACCAUUAAAACAGCUGUUCGCAAAAACAGAAGAAAUGGAGAAGGAACAAGCCUCCGUGCAGUAUGGUUCUCUGGAAUGCACGCAAUGGAACGCAGAGACCGCAAAAGCAGCAGAAGAAGAUGUCGUCUCGAUGGCGGACUCUACCAUCACGAUCGAUGACAUCGAGGGGGAGCUUUUCAAAAUCGAGCGGAUACGGGACAUCCUGGUCCGGAGGGAGUCGGAGCUGAGAUACAUGAUGGAUGACAUUCAGCUUUGUAAAGAGAUAACACGGCUCAAAAAGGAGCUGCAGAAACUAGUGUCCAUUCCAGAUAAAGACAAAUCAAAAGAUGACAAGCAGAAGGAGGAGGAGCUACUCCAGCAGAUCCACAAGCUGGUGGAGACCAGAGACUUCCUGGUGGACGAUGUGGAGUUCGAAAGGCUGAGGGAGAAAGAGGAGGACAAGGAAAUGGCAGAAUUCCUGCAGGCCAAGUUCCCUAAAAGACUGAAGCAUGAAAAUCCUGCUCAGGGCAGGAAGCUGACCUCCAGGGCCCAGCAGACCUCCUCUCCGUUUGUCACCAAGACGGGGCUCACCCUGCUGAAGGAGUGCUGCGGGUUCACCUGCUCCGUCAUGUAGGACGUCGCCGCGGAAAACGAGAAGAGAGAAGAGCGGAUAGCUUUUUGGGUUGGAGUGGUGUAAUGCAUUAUGGGUGAUGGUGUCCUUGGGACGGCGGGGAAGACAGCAGCACGAGCAUUGUCCUCAGGAGGAGGCGUUGGGGGUUGCGGAAUGACAGAAGGCUCAGAAAGUUCUGUGGGGUUCCUUGUCUGUGUCUCAGAACACCGUCUUUCUUGGUCGUUUCCUCCUUUCGGGGAAUGCCUUCUGUCCUGUGCUUUUUGCUGUAUUCCAUCAUUGGCGCACUGUUGGCUCAGGAAGACAGUUACUGCACUCCAUUUCCCAUGAGGCAACGGCAAUCAUUACAUCAUCCUUUCCUUGGACAUCCACAUUCAUCAUCAUUUGAGCGUGCUAAUGGAUGAGCUGGCGUGCGUUCGCAGUGCCCACAGCACUGGGACAGCCGCUGUGGAGCAUUGGUAAGGUCAGAGCUCUAUCGUCUGAACUGGGACUACAAACAGCAGCAGACGGACACGUUGUGAAAGUUGUAUAUCUGAUGUUAAUUCUUCACGGCAUCAAAUCGAGUGCAAAGCAGGGUUGUUUUGUGGUGCCUCAUUGUGUUUGUGUGGCACUAAACCGAAGUGGCUGUCCAGCUUGGGUGUGGUUUAUGAUUUAUUUAACAAUUUAAUGAUGUGAAUUUAGGUUCCCUUGCCUUUAUUCAAAGCUGUAAACAAUUUAAUGAUGUGAAUUUAGGUUCCCUUACCUUUAUUCAAAGCUGUAAACUGAGAAGUAUUGAUGAAUAAGUACCAGUGUAAUGCACAUUUUACAAUGAUGAACUGAUGACUCCCAGUUUAUGUUACUUUGAUGUGGCAGUAAUAUGUGGGGCUCUUUAUUUCUUUAUGAGCCAUUGCAGCAUCACAUCCCCAUUAGGUUAGCAAAUUACUGUCCUUUUUCACCUCUUGAAUAAUUAAGGCUUGUUAAAAUAGUGAUGUGGAUUUGUACUUCAUAUGUUCUGGUAAGAGUACCAGAUGACAAUGCAUUUGCAAAAAAAAAAAAAGUUAAAUGUCAUAACAUGUGACAUGUUAACAGUGUUAAUGCUGAGGUUUUCCUGCACUUGGAACUGUGGGAUUAAGUGAUUACGAGUACUACACAAUUCAUUUUAAUUAAUCGCAGUCGACAACGUCAAUGGAAUAAUGUUGACUCCAUUUUGUUCAUCUUCUUCGUCGAAUCGAACAAUUUUUCCAUGGGAUAACCGGAUCUCCUGGGGACUUCUUAUGUAAAAAAAGACAAUGCUGACUUUCUUUCUGUAGGUGACUUUCAGGAGACUGUGUUGGAAGAUUAUAUCAGGCAGGAAUGGGCAAAGAGGCAGCACUUCUUUUUUUUUGAACUUAACAAAGAAUGUAAUUUAUUUCCUCAGUUGAGGCGAGUUUAGUCUCGUUUCACCAGGGUAUGCAAAAUGGCCGUCGUGAAUCAAAGUGAAUUGGGGUCCAGCCCACAAUCGUGAAAUGGAAUCGGAAUGGAAAAAGGGCCCGUUUGCUCGUAACCAGGAGCAGACUCCGAAUCUGAUUUUGAAGAACAAGAUGGGCGACGACGCACCUCUAUGCUGCUUUCCUUUAGUUCUGUAGUACCCAGUUUAGAUUUGACAAAGGCAAGUUUGUGAUUGUACCGUCUAUUAGUCGGUCAUGCAGUUGCUUAAUAUAGUGUUUGUGUCUCCGUUCUGUGCUUAGACAUUUUAGUUAGGUUCUGACCAGAUCUGAAUGACGAUCGUGAAACAGAAUAUGAAACACUAAACUGUGCUUUAAAAGGCAGACCUGUUACCUCCAAAAUCUUUAUAUAACCGUAUCGUUUUACUUCGACAUACUGCCCUGUGCAAAUAGAAAAUAUCUACCUGUUCUCAUCCAGUGUCCACCGUAUGUGUGCUGUCAUGUGUAGUUCUGUGCUGUCUAAUAAAAAGGAGAAGCGUGUUUUA